AUGUCAGACUUCACGCAAUUGGACAAGCCAUUCCGCAUCCUCGACCUGCCUCGUGAAGUCCGCGACGAGAUCUGGCGCCUCGCGAUUCCAGGCCGGAAGAUACCUAUUGGGGCCUCAUGGGCGCAGAACGACGACGGCAAGCUAGUCUGGAGUUUCGGUUGCCGCAAAAUCGCGACGGAGCUGCUAUGGUUACUCACGCUCAGACAGAUAUCCCAGCAAGUCCGCGACGAGGUCGACGACGCCUUUGGACGAUGUGCCAAGGUGCUUAUCAUCAACCAUUCGGACUCGUACAACCCUCUCGCCGGCAGUCAGAAGAUCCAUGCCGCUGCAAAGCUACUCCGCAACGUUUGCGACAUCACCUUGGCGACGGGAUACAUGAUCGUGCGCUAUGUGGGUGGCGGGAGAGGCGACGCGUUUGAAACUGAUGCAGAAAUCCAAAUCGGCCUCUCGAAGGCCAAGAAGACGGAAGCUGUGCGCUGGGAGAGUCGCCUGGGAGGCACGGACGAGGACUCGUAUACUGUGCCAAGCAAGUUCAAGGGCUUCUGCGACGGACAUGCAAAUAUCACGGAACAGGCAAUCCGGCAGGCACUCGCGCGUGGUGCGGGCUCGUUCGAGAUCAUCACGGUCGGUCUGAGCGCACUCUCGCCUGGAAUGUGGGCUGUGCCGCACGAGGCAGCCAAGGGCUAUCGAAGUGGGCUUGAGAAGCACUGGGCAGCUGAGCAUCUGGUCGCGUGGGUGGACGGCUUGUUCAAAGAGGCAUUGUCGAGGAAGACAAAGAGAAGGGCGCGAACUCGUCCAUGGCGACAAGUCCUGCUUGCGGAAGUUCUGCAGCGCCAUCCUCCUCGACAAAGGCACCACGCCGAAGGAGCCAAAGCAGCUGAACACACGCGGACCUCGACGCUCUCACCUUAG